AGGACCAAAUUACCCUAAUCCAGUAUUCUUGGAUGUGUCUAUCAUCAUUUGCCUUGAGCUGGAGAUCGUACAAACAUACGAACAGCCAAUUUCUCUAUUUUGCACCAGACCUAGUCUUUAAUGAAGAGAAGAUGCAUCAGUCUGCCAUGUAUGAACUGUGCCAGGGGAUGCACCAGAUCAGCCUUCAGUUCGUUCGACUGCAGCUUACCUUUGAAGAAUACACCAUAAUGAAAGUUUUGCUGCUCCUAAGCACAGUUCCAAAGGAUGGCCUCAAAAGCCAGGCUGCAUUUGAAGAAAUGAGGGCGAAUUACAUCAAAGAACUGAGGAAGAUGGUAACUAAGUGUCCCAACAAUUCUGGGCAGAGCUGGCAGAGAUUCUACCAACUGACCAAACUUCUAGACUCCAUGCAUGACCUGGUGAGCGACUUGCUGGAAUUCUGCUUCUACACCUUCCGUGAGUCCCAGGCCCUGAAAGUGGAGUUCCCCGCCAUGCUGGUGGAGAUCAUCAGCGACCAGCUGCCAAAGGUGGAGUCCGGCAACGCCAAGCCCCUUUACUUUCACAGGAAGUGACGACGCCGUCUUACCAGAACUUUGCCUUAAGUUUCCCCGUGUUAUUCCACACCCGCGAAGGACCCACGAAAUCACAUUUUGAACACGUGGUGGUCGAUUGACUGGUUCAGCAGUCUCAAGCUUGGACUCACGUCGUGGGGCUGGAGCCGGGAGCGCCGUGGACCUGGACUUGGCAAGACCUGAGCAGGCUGAAGGGUUCCUCCCUCUCCGAUCCCGCUGCUUGGAAACACGUUCCUGUUCCUCUGGAUGAAAAGCCAUAUCUAGUCAAUAACUCUGAUUUUGAUAUUUUAACAGAUGGAGGUUUUAACUAUGCCAUGUAGUUUCUGGUAUCGUUCGCUUGUUUUAAAAGGGUUCAAGGACUAACGAACUUUUUAAAGCUUACCCUUGGUUUGCACAUAAAACGUAUAGUCAAUAUGGGGCAUUAAUAUUCCUUUUGUUAUUUAAAAAACACAAAAAGAAAAAACAUAUACAGAUUCCUGUUGUGUAAUAACAAAACUCACGGCGUGGAACAGGCCCUCUCUGGGUGCACUCUGCUCCGUCACCGGAUACACACUCUUAGCGUCCAUUUAUUAUUUAAUUAGGAUGGAUAAGAUGUUAAAUGCCUUGGUUUCGAUUUCUAGUAUCUAUUGUGUUGGCUUUACAGAUAAUUUUUUGCAGUCUUUUGCUGUGCUGUACAUUACUGUAUGUAUAAAUUGUGAAGGACCUGAAAUAAGGUGUAAGGAUCUUUUGUAAAUGAGACACAUACAAAAAAACAAAACAAAACAAAAAAAAACUUUAAUGGUGAAUAGGAUGAAUGGGAAAGUAUUUUUGAAAGAAUUCUAUUUUGCUGGAGACUAUUUAAGUACUAUCUUUGUCUAAACAAGGUAAAAAUUUUUUUUUGUAAAGUGAAAUGUUAUGCAUGCAUAAUGAACCGUUUACAGUGUAUUUAAGAAAGGGAAAGCUGUGCCUUUUUAGCUUCAUAUCUAAUUUACCAUUUUACAGUCUCUGUUGUAAAUAACCUCACUUAAACCUCUUUGGUUGUCUUUAAGCCUUUCUACUUUUUCUGUACUUUUUGUUCUGUUCUCGGUCUCCCGCUUGUGGUGUUUGAGAGACUUGAGCACGUUUUUCCGGUUUCUGCUUCGUCCUCCUUCCAUCAGGGGACAACACACUGCGGUGUCUGCAGCUCCUCGCAGGUGUCCUUUGACAGCCCCCAGGGGACAGAAGGUCCUGGGAGUGCUUCAGCUUUGCAAAAGCUGCCUCUCUCCCCUUUUCCGCAAGCAGCAGAACCAGCUCUCGGAGGGGAGACUGGAAACUUGGCUCAGAGAGCACAAUCCUCCCAUUUCAGAAAAUCCAAUUUUCUCCUUUGGGGGGAAAAAAAUCCAUGCACUCUCUACGUCUGUCAAAGAUCAGAUAGUCACCUCUGAUCUUGGAAAGGGUUCUGCACUCCUGGAACUGGUCAUGGGAACACGUAGAUCACGGCAGGAUGUACUGGGACAAGCUGUCUUGGCAAGGGUCAUUCAGAAUGGCGUGGAGACCGGAAGAUCAUUAGAGGGUUUUUAGAUUUUUUAAGGGUAGGUUUUAAAAAAUUUUAUACAUAAACAGUUUUGGAGAAAAACACUACAGAUCAUAUAAGCAAGACAGUGGCACUAAAAUUUUUAAUUCAUUAAUCUGUUUGGCACUGAUGCAAUUUAUGGCUUUUCUCUUGCCCCAAAUCACAAACAGAGAUCUUUGGGGAAACGAUAUGAUUGCACUAAAUAAACUACUUUCAUAGAGGCCAAAUUAACCUUUUAAAAGUGGUGAUGAUCAUCAUCAGGUACUCAGUGAAAUCAUCAUUUUCCAAAACCUAAAAGCUGCAGCUCAAGUCCAAGGCCAGGCGAAGGCAGCGAUCGGAUCAACACUUCACCAUGCAGGCAACAUUACCUUGUGUCUUUCAAAAGACACCUGCCUUAUGCAAGGGGAAACCUGUGAAGGCUGCACUCGAGGGAGGAGGUUUUUCUUACCUAAUUUGCAAUUUCAAGAAUUUAAUUUAUAGGCAGAUCUUUAAAUAAAGCCAACUUACAUGCACAGCAAUAUGAAAGCCACACUUUGAAGGUGAUAAAUACAUAGCAUGCAGACUGGGAGAUCCUGGGAAAGAAAUGGCUUACAAAAGCAGCUUCAAGUUCAGACUUGAGGAAUUUGAGCUUAACCAGCCAGGUUUGGGAUGUUCUGCAUCAGCUUUUUGUAUUAACAAAGUUACUGGCUCUUUGUGUGUCUCCGGGUAACUUUGCUUGAUUAAACAGCAAAGCCAUAUUCUAAAUUCACUGUUGAAUGCCUGUCCCAGUCCAAAUUGUCUGUCUGCUCUUAUUUUUGUACCAUAUUGCUCUUAAAAAUCUUGGUUUGGUACAAUUCAUAAUUCACCAAAACUUCUUCAUAUAAUUAAAAAAAAACACUAAAUUAGUUUAAAAUGAAGCAAUUUAUAUCUUUAUGCAAAAACAUAUGUCUGUCUUUGCAAAGGACUGUAAGCAGAUUACAAUAAAUCCUUUA